AUGAAAUUAUUAUCGUUGAACCAGAAUCUAAUCUCGGUACUCUGUUUCAUUUUAACUUUUUUAUCCAUUGUUCAAGCACAGAAUAAGUUUAAUUAUAAUAAAAAAGAUAAGAUUAUAUAUCAGAAUUAUUCCAAAAAUAAUAACAAUAUCAAAUCUAAUAGCAAUUCAUCUCAACGUUCGACAGAUAUAUUCCCGCAAAACACAAAUACAAACUACAGUAAUAAUACUAUCAAAAAUCAUGGAGUAAAAUCAUUCACAACUUUUUCAUCAAUGAAAAAUCCAAAUGUACCAACUGAUGGUCUAGCGGUAGCAGCUGCAGCUGCGGGUUCCUUGAAUUCUUUCAACAACAAGCUUACUAAAACGAAAAAAUUGAUGAACAAUAACAAUACAAGUGAUCUAUUAUUAAGUACUUUUGACCUUUCUCAAAUUCUUUUGGUUUCAGAUAUUGAGGGUCAAUUACAUGCUUUGGAAAGAAACACUGGAAAAGUUCUUUGGUCUAUCGAGGACGGAAUAAAUUUUCAUCCUUUAUUAGAAAUAAAUAUUUUUGACCCUGAUGAUACCAACUUUAAAGAUUUAUUGAUCGUAGAACCGUACGGUGACGGCAAUUUGUUUUUUUUCAAUUCAUAUCGUGGGUUACAAAAAAUUCCUGCAACAAUUAAACAAUUGAUCGAUUUAUCUCCUAUAGAUUUGAAAACCAAUAUUAUAAUCGAUGAAUCAAAUACCGUUGUAGAAGAUGAAAAGAUUUACACUGGUUUUAAGAAAACCGCAAUGUAUUCUAUAGAUUUGAAAACUGGCCAGAUUAUAGCUGCAUAUGGACCAGGUACUGAAAAUAAAGUCUAUAAUAGAGAUAAGAGUAAAAGGUGUUCUUUAAGUUCCACCAUGGCUUCAUUCUCUUCUUCCUCUUCCUUUUCUUCCUCUUCUUUUCAUAAUUCCUCAAACUUUGGUUAUAACGAAAGAAAAGUUCCUACAGAUUGCCAGAGCGUUAUAGUGAUUGGAAAAACAAUAUAUGAAUUGGGGAUACACUCACCAAAUGGUACAUAUUACAAUUUAACUUAUUCGGCGUGGCAGCAUAAUAAUGUCAACUCGCAAUUGGUUUCUAAAAACAAUUUCCCUCAAGACGGUGUAUUUAUAUCUCCAUUUAAAGACCAUUCUCUAUUAGCUAUAGAUGCUGAUUUACACACAGCCAAGUGGAUCUCUCCUAAAUUUAAAGGUAUCAUUAAUAACGUUUUUGAUAUAUUUAUGGAUUCUGCUGGACAUAAAUUUUUAUUACCGCAUCCCUUAAAAGCUGGUUCUAGGAUUUUAGAUGAUUAUAAUUCCAACAUGUUUAAACCAUAUCUCUACGACACCAACGGCAAGGAUAAAAAUAUUAACAAACAAGGGGAGAAUAACGAUAAUAUGUGCGUCUAUUUGGACAAAACAGAGCGUAAUUCAUGGUUCGCCAUGUCAAGCGAAAACUAUCCAUCCUUAGUGGAUUCUGCACCAGUAUCCAAUUAUGAGCUGGAUUCUAAAUGGAGAAAUCCUGGAUUGUUGAAAGAUGAUGGGUUGUUUGAUAUUGCAGUAAUGGGUGUUCAUACUUUAAAGUCAAAUUUUUAUGAAAGCCAGUCUUCAAAUGAUAGAACAAACAAUUACAAUUAUGAUAUCACAACAAUUAAAAAAUCAGAUACAAAUAGUAACAAUAUUAAGAAUAAUAAUGAGAAUGAUGUACCAAAUUAUAACAGUUUGUCUGGAUAUAAUUCCAUUCCAGCAACUUAUGACGAUUAUGCUGACACUUCCAACGGGGGAGAUUAUUAUGACGACGCUUAUGGGUAUAAUUCAGGUAGUCAUAAUGCAGUUGAGAACAACAAUGUUAAUUCCAAAGCAGUUAGAAAAUAUAUCUCAGAACAAGAAUUAUUGGAAUAUAAAUUAAAAGUACAAGAGGAAUUGGCUCGUGAAUUUUUAUUAACAUCCCAAAAUAAAAGGUCUAUUUCCUAUUGGAUUGCUUAUUUCAUAUAUAAAUGUGUUGAAAGUGGUAUCAUUUUAUCCAUAUCUGUAUUUACUUUUGCUAUGUUGAGUAAAUUUAAAAUUAUACCGCCUUUUCCUGUAAUUUUUGAAAAAAUUGGUCUUUUACCCAGAAGCAAGUUGAAUACCCCUACUCACGUUGAAAUUACUGAACCGAACACUUCUAACACCACCACCGACAAUAAUACGGAGCUAGACAAUGCUAGUCAAGAUAGUAUCAAACCUGCUGCUGCUGCUGAUGCUACUACUACUACUGCUACUACUACUGCUGCUAAUAUACCAAAAAGGAAACGCAAGAGGGGAAAACGUGGUGGUAAAAGGAACAAUAAAAAUAAAGUAAAUGUUGAUGAGGAUGAAAAUGAAGAACAAGAACAAGUAAGCAUGACGAUGAAGAGGGCCGAACAAGAGAGAGGGGAGGAGGAGGAGGAGGAAAAAAAAACAACCACAAGAAAUAAAAAUAAAAAUAUCAAUACUUUUCCGACGGCUGUUGAUACCACAACUAAUAAUAGUGACCAUAAUUCAAAAGCUUUAGCAGAAUCUGGUGAUAACAUCAACAAUUUGAAAAAUUUACAAAUAUCGGAUAAGAUCUUAGGAUACGGUUCUUCAGGUACUGUUGUUUAUAAAGGUACUUUUCAAAAUAGACCGGUUGCUGUAAAAAGGAUGUUGUUAGAUUUUUACGAUAUUGCGUCACAAGAAAUUCAAUUAUUAAGUAUGAGCGAUGACCAUCCUAAUGUUGUUAGGUAUUAUUGUUCCGAAAUGACUGAUAAAUUUUUGUACAUUGCUUUAGAGUUAUGUACAACCUCCUUGGAUGCUGUAGUUGAAGAAAAGGGAUAUCAUCUCACAUCUUUUAAAUUCGAGCAUCUAAUUUCCAGCAUAGAUUAUUUAGAUAUUCUGUAUCAACUAUGUUUGGGAUUGCAAUACUUGCACAGUUUAAAAAUUGUGCACAGAGACAUAAAACCUCAAAAUAUUUUAUUAUCCUUAUCCAAAAAUAUUUUAUAUCCUUCUACCAAACAAUCAAUUGUUGAUGAUACUUGGAAGUCCACUUCGGCUGACAGUCAUUCAAACACUUUGAAAAAGAUAAGAGUGUUAAUAUCUGAUUUUGGUUUAUGUAAAAAGUUGGAAGCUGAGGAAUCCUCUUUUAAAACUAACCAUGCCACUGCUGCUGGAACUACUGGCUGGAGAGCGCCUGAGCUUUUGAAACCUAAACAAUAUACAUCACUCACCAAAUCCACAGCAUUAUUGGAUGCAAUUACCAGUGAAGACGAAAAUUCGCAGUAUAGUGUGAGUAGCGGCAAAUCUAUUGAACCUUUGGUUUACGAUCCAAUUUCUAGGCGAAGACUGACCCGAGCUGUCGAUAUUUUUUCAAUGGGAUGUGUUUUCUACUACGUUUUGUCCAAGGGUUCUCAUCCGUUUGGCGACAAAUUCAUCAGAGAAAGCAACAUUAUUAAAGGUGCUUAUGAUAUAAAAUAUAUCAAGGUUUUGCCAGAGAAAUGUCAGAGUUUAGAAGCUAUGGACUUAAUAGAGAAAAUGAUUUCCAAUAACCCAUGUAAUAGACCAAGUGCCUCUAUGAUUUUGAGGCAUCCUUUAUUUUGGAGUGUUUCUCGUAAAUUAGAGUUUUUAUUAAAGGUCAGUGACCGAUUUGAAGUCGAAAGAAGAGAUCCACCCAGCGAAUUACUUUUAAAAUUUGAAAAAAUAGCGAAUAAAAUCAUACCUAAUCACGAUUGGACCAAGAAAUUUGACCAAGUCUUUUUAGAUAAUCUAGGAAAGUAUAGAAAAUAUAGUGGAGCAAGAAUUAUGGAUUUAUUGAGAGCAUUUAGAAAUAAAUAUCAUCAUUUCAUGGAUUUACCAGAGGAUUUGGCAUCAAUCAUGGGGCCUAUUCCAGAGGGUUAUUAUUAUUAUUAUGCUAGAAGAUUCCCCAAUCUUUUGUUAGAAAUUUAUUAUUUUGUUGGAGAAAACUUGAAAGAUGAUCAAAUAUUGAAAGAAUUUUUUUAG